GCCUCGUGAAUAAAAAGUGGCCCCAGCUGUUGUCUCUGAUCAGAAUUGGAGGAGCCGGACUGUUGAGUUUCUUUCACGCGCCACAGAUACUUUCACUUUGAGCGCGCGCGCCCUCGUGAACGGACGCAAAGUGUGGAAAGAAAGAAAGAUAAAAAGAAGAAAGGAAGGCUGUGGCGGCUGCAGGUGCGAAUUCAUGUCUGUUUUUGUACAGCGCAUAUACCGCCCAGUGUUUGUGCCCAGCCCCGAUAUGACUGAGGUGAUGAUCAGCAGCACCCCCAUGGAGGACAUGAGGCUAAGCCCCAGCAAGGACAGGCUCUCCUUCCAGAUCUUCCCAGAUCCUUCAGACUUUGACCGCUGCUGUAAGCUCAAGGAUCGACUACCGUCCAUUGUGGUUGAGCCGACGGAGGGAGAAGUUGAGAGCGGGGAGCUUCGCUGGCCUCCAGAAGAGUUCCUGGUCAGUGAAGAAGAAGAAGAGGAAGACGAGGACGAGCAAAACGAUGGCAGUCUUCAAAAUGGACAACCGGCACAGAAUUCGCAGCACUAGAGCCGGGUUUCGGAUGGAUCCUCACACACUGGUGACACUUCACAGGAGCAGAAUCGGCUGACGCGUCUGUGCUUCAUCUCUUCACUCACGACACAAACCAAAACAAAGGAAUGCCCUGUCAUAUUUUUUUUUCUUUCUGCUGUGCUGAAAACCCACCUACACAGACAUGAAAAGAUUGUACUUUGCACACUUGUAGCCCCUCUCCACCUUCUUCCAACCACGUCCACCACAGCACGAGUCUCAUUUCAAAAACAAUGCCUUCUUGGAGAGCAGCAGCUGGGCGCUUCAUGGACAGCUUAUACCCUGCGGGAGGCCGCCGCCGCCGCUGCUGCUCUGAAGGUGACUCUGAAACGGCUGGCAUCAUGACCCCAGAGACUUCACGGCUUCAUACAGAACCAUUGUGGUACCUGUGGGAAUAACUGUACAAUACACUGUUCGUGUUUGAGUUAGGUUUCUUGAGUGCUAUAAUUGUCGUUGCCACUGCUGUCCGUAGAUUUAAGUGUACGUUUGUGAAAAGUUUUGUGACCGCGUCACUUCAGUUUUCUCCACAAAAGCUUUACUUCUGUGCACCUUCAUAGUAAAAGGUGACCUGGAGCAGGAAACUGGUUUGGAGGGGUCGCUUUGCUGUUUUUGUGAUAAACAGGUUUAUGCACUGAAGCCAGAAUUUCUCAAAAAUGGCCUCUUUGGCUCACAAACCAUUUUAAAGAUAGAAAUAAGGACACGUGAUAAGAGAUGUACAGAAAAAAAAUCACAUUUCCAGCAAGUGAGUCAACCCCUGCAGUCUUGUAGUGUGCUCCGAAUAAAAACUGAAGGUAUUUUCUAGUCUUCCUGUUUCUGUUAACAGCCAGCUGUGGGCAGAGUUCAUAUUGUAUAGGCAAUACUUUAAACAGCACUCUGUUUUAUGACUUUGCCAAAAGUUAUUGUGAACUGUAAGAUGGUAAUAAUGUCUGUCAUUUCCUGUCUGUGUGCGUAAUCUUCCCCCCGGUCAAACAAUUUUUAACAUUAGUGGAACAAGUCCAUAAGGAAGUGUCACUUUAUGUGGACAGUGUGUUGUCAUAGUAAUGUGACCGAGAUGCCGUCAUGUUCUCAUCUUGUUGCUUCUGGGGUUGCGCGUCUUCUGUCACCUGCAGGUCCUAAAUUGUUCUUGUAAAGCUCAGGGAGAUUAGCCGCCAUGUUUCUCUUUUUGUUUUGUUUUUGUAUUUAGACCACUCUUCUCAUAAAUGCGAAGUUGUAAAUAAACAUUGGAGUUUGCUAUA